AUAAAAAUGAAAAAGCCAAAAACAGCACAACAGAUGGCAUCAGCACAUUUGUUCUUCACGUGAAAUUUUCCAAAAACAGCUCUACUUCUUCAUCAUCAAUAAACAAAAUUAUUUUAAAAAAUGUUAAUGAUCCACUACUGUUAAUAAUUAGUCACCAUCAUAAAUGUAAUUAAAGAGUAAAAUAAUGGUUAAUUACAAAAACGAAACACCUAUAAAGUCUUGAAGAAGAACUUUCUCUCCUUGAUCAAACUGUCUUUUCCCUGACUCCUUCCUUCCCUCCAUUUCUGCAACUACCCACCCAUUAGUCUCUCCAAUUUCCAACUCUAUUUUUUUUUGCUUUCUUGAAUUAUUACUACACUUUGUUGUUGAAUGAUAUUAACAUUUUGAAACAAAUGAAGUAUAAACAGAUCAUGAAGUCUCGUUCUUCCAAGACCCAACCAGAGAGAAAAAGUAGAGCUGAAACGUAUUGUUGUUUGGGUUGUUCCCGCCUGCAGCUGUUCUGGCCGAGAAUUGUUGUUCGGAAAUUGCUUAAUAUCAACAAUAAAGAACCUGAUUUCAGUGCUGACACUGAAUCUGACGAUGGCAGCGACACUAACUUUGAUUCUGCUUCUGAUACUGAAGAAGAAUCCCCUGUACAUAAGAGAGAGUCCAGGUUUAAAGUCGAUAAAGAAGAGGAUUCACUUGUUGAUCCCACCAAUGAUGCUCUUCCAAUAUUAAGGAGACGAAAAUCAGAAACGUUAAGGAAACAGUAUAUACACACCAAGGAACUCAGAAUAUGUGUUGGUACUUGGAAUGUUGGAGGAAAACUUCCACCUGAUGACCUAGAUAUUGAUGACUGGAUUGAUACCAAUGAACCUGCUGAUAUCUAUGUGUUCGGUCUUCAGGAAAUUGUACCAUUAAAUGCGGGGAACAUAUUUGGUGCUGAAGAUGGCCGUCCGGUUCCUAAGUGGGAAAAUAUUUUCCGUGAUACAUUGAAUAGAAUUCGACCUACAAGAUCCAAGGUUAAAUGCUAUAGUGAUCCCUCAUCUCCAUCAAAGUUUAUGGCAUCUGGUGACAUGCCAGAUAUCGAAGAAGAUAUAUUAUUUGAGAGUGACAGUGAUAUUGGAGAAGAAAUUUAUCCACUGGAUGAAGAACUCAACUGUUUGGAUGAAGUUGUCGAGGAACCUGUCCCAGUUGAUAAUAGUUGUAAAUUAGGUAUCCCUGUAGAAAAGGAUUUCCAGAGACAGUUUUCUUCCGGAAAGAGAUUAGAUAGACUGAAUUGCUUGCGGACAGAGGAUUCUGCUGGAGAUGUUGAAGCACCCGCAGGUCAAAACAAUGGUAAAUUAACCAGAAUGCUUAGUAGUACUGAAAGGAUUGGCUUGACCUGGCCAGAGCCGCCAUUAAACUUGCUAUCUCAGCACGUUUUACAGAGACAAGCUUCAUUGCAAGCAAUGAAGUCUUUUAAACAAAUGAAGUCUUUUAAAGCAAUGAAUUCUUUUAAAACAAGCAAGAUCUUUGGAGCAAGUAAUUCUUUCAAGUCAGUCACAGAUGAUAUGCAAUCAGGAUUAGCAUCGCUUGCAGAACUUGAUCUUGAAGCUCUUAUGAAACGUAAAAGAAAAUCAUCAUAUGUACGGAUAAUAAGUAAGCAGAUGGUAGGAGUUUUUCUCUCGAUUUGGGUUCGUAGAAGCUUGCGCAAGCAUAUCCAGAACUUAAAAGUCUCUACUGUUGGUGUUGGUGUCAUGGGCUACAUUGGCAACAAGGGCGCAGUAUCAGUCAGUAUGUCUAUAUAUCAGACUCCUUUCUGUUUUAUAUGCUCUCACCUGACAUCAGGUGAAAAAGAAGGAGAUGAACUUAAAAGAAAUUGUAAUGUGCAAGAAAUACAUAGAAGAACUCAAUUCCAUACGCUUUCUGGCAUUGGUCUUCCAAAAGGCAUCCUUGAUCAUGAAAGAAUAAUUUGGCUGGGUGAUUUGAACUACCGAAUCAACUUGUGGUAUGAGAAAACAUGCGAAUUGAUCUCUCUAAAGCAGUGGUCAAAGUUAGCAGAGAGAGAUCAGCUUGUAAGAGAAUUAAGAAAAGGUCGUGCAUUUGAUGGAUGGACUGAAGGUGUACUGAACUUUCCACCAACAUAUAAGUAUGAGAUGAAUUCGAACAAAUAUUAUGGAUCGGAUCCAAAGGUUGGGAGGCGCGUUCCUGCAUGGUGUGAUCGAAUUCUUUCAUAUGGAAAGGGAAUGAAGCUCCUGAAGUACAGAAGAACAGAGCUCAAACUUUCAGAUCAUCGACCUGUGACAGCCACAUAUAUGGCUGAAGCUGAAGUGUUCUCUCCGAGAAAGCUACAACGGGCACUCACGUACACAGAUGCAGAGAUUGAAAAUGAGGAAGUUGUGGAAGCAAGCGUAGAUGUUGGAAUGAGCCACUUGAGAUUGGAUCAGGAUUUCUAUUCAUGGGAGCGAUAAGAGAAUAAAGACUAAAGUAGCCGAAACUCGUGAUUCUCUUACAUUAUGAGUACCAAUUUAGAUUCAUUCAUAUGAUUUGUUCCAUCAUAAAUAUGUAUAUUCCAGUUGUUGCAUUAGGGUGUCUAUGGUAGGGGUUUUACCUGUAUAGCUCACAGAAAGAGUUUUAGAUAGAAAAAAAUGGAGGGUUUAUACUUGUGAAUUAAUGUAUGUUAUGUAGUAUAUGCAUUUAGAGAUCAAUCCCCUGAUAUGGUCAGCUUGUCAUGUUUUUUUGUUUGAUGUAAAAAAAAUAAGAUCAUGGCUAUCAUGCAUGUCUUUUGUGA